AUGGAGCCGCUAGUGGCAGAGCUGAAGCAGAAGAUUGAGGACACGUUGUGCCCUUUUGGCUUCGAAGUUUACCCCUUCCAGGUGGCAUGGUACAAUGCACUCCUGCCUCCGGCCUUCCACCUGCCCCUGCCAGGACCCACACUGGCCUUCCUGGUACUCAGCACACCUGCCAUGUUUGACCGGGCCCUCAAGCCCUUCCUGCAGAGCCACCAUCUCCAACCACUGACUGACCCUGUGGACCAGUGUGUGGCCUACCACCUGGGCCGAGUUAGAGGGAGCUUCCCAGAGCUGCAGAUAGAAGUCAUUGCUGACUACGAGGUACACCCCAACCGUCGCCCCAAGAUCCUGGCCCAGACAGCAGCCCAUGUAGCAGGGGCUGCUUACUACUACCAACGACAGGACGUGGAGUCUGACCCUUGGGGGACCCAGCACAUAGCAGGUGUGUGCAUACAUCCCAGAUUUGGGGGCUGGUUUGCCAUCCGAGGGGUGGUGCUGCUGCGAGGAAUAGAGGUGCCGAAUCUGCGACCCACAAAGCCCCUUGACUGUGUACCCACAAGAGCUGACCGCAUCACCCUGCUUGAACGCUUCAAUUUCCAUUGGCGUGACUGGACUUACCGGGAUGCUGUGACACCUCAGGAGCGCUAUUCAGAAGAGCAGAAGGUGUACUUUUCCACUCCUCCUGCCCAACGCUUGGCCUUACUGGGCUUGCCCCAGCCCUCAGAGGAGCCUAGCUCUCCAUCCCAAGAGCUUCACUUCACUACACUCUUACCCAAGAAGCCUCAGAAUCCCAGGAGAGGCUGGCUCAGCCCCACAGUUUCCCCACCUACAUCCCCCGGUCCCUGA